UCAUCGAAUUACAGAUCACACGCCCUCAUAAUUUUUCUCCUCCGAUACAGGCAGAGAGAGAGAAGCAGAUCGUCUCUUCUCGAUAUACAGCGAGACACAGCGAGCGAGAGAGAGAGUCAAGUAUGGUUACCGAUCCGGGCUCUUGGGCGGCAGCGCUGGUGAAGAUCUCGCCCUACACUUUCUCCGCCAUCGGAAUUGCCAUCUCGAUCGGUGUCUCCGUCCUCGGCGCCGCAUGGGGAAUUUACAUUACAGGAAGUAGUUUGAUCGGUGCGGCAAUCGAGGCUCCUCGUAUUACUUCGAAGAAUCUCAUCAGUGUAAUCUUUUGUGAAGCCGUGGCUAUAUAUGGUGUGAUUGUUGCAAUCAUUCUGCAAACGAAGUUGGAGAGUGUCCCGUCAUCAAUGAUGUAUGACGCAGAGUCUCUUAGAGCUGGAUAUGCAAUCUUUGCUUCUGGGAUUAUAGUUGGAUUUGCAAACCUUGUUUGUGGAUUAUGUGUCGGAAUCAUCGGGAGCAGUUGCGCCUUGUCCGAUGCCCAGAACUCCUCGCUGUUUGUGAAGAUUCUUGUGAUCGAGAUCUUCGGGAGCGCUCUCGGGUUGUUUGGAGUGAUUGUUGGAAUCAUUAUGUCAGCACAAGCGACGUGGCCUGUGAAAUAGAUACGCGGGAACGAGAUAAGAACGCUUCCCGGGUAAAUUUGCAAAUCCGGCGUGCAUCUUGAAUCUUGUUUUAUGCUCACUAUUACAUCGAAUAUCGUUCAGUGUGUAGAAGAAAACCAUGUAUGUGCGAGGAGAGUCUUUCCUCUUUGAAUCCCUAAAUUUGUAUUGUUUCCACCUCUGGAAUAAGUCCCUUGGAGAUUCACUCUCUUGUUUUGGAAUUCCCUUUGUUUCUCUAAAGAUGAUUAAAGCUGAGAGUUUGUAUAUGGGCCAUAUUUUUUUUAAUUAUUAGAA